AUGGAGUCUAACAGCUGCCCGAGCUUCAGCCAGCAGCCAGGACUGUGUCAGCCCCUGGAAAGCCUGAGGGUCAGCAUUAACGGCUGCUCUUUUACUGUGGAUAAAACCAUUCUGUCUGAGAAAUGUGAGUACUUCAGAGCAUUAUUCCAGUCAGGAAUGAGAGAGUGCCAACAGGAAGAGAUUCAGCUGCAGUGUGUGGGGGUACUGGGCUUUCAGGUCAUGCUGCAGGUCCUGGGCGGGAAGCAUCCCAUGCUGAGCAGCGAUCAGAUUGUGGAAGCCAUUGAGUGUACAGCUUUCCUGCAGGUGCCCGCUCUUACCGAGCACUUGAUCAAUAUCGUAAAUUCUGAAAACUGUCUGCUCAUUUACCACACGGCUGCCACCUACGGUGUGGGAGAGCUCUCCUACAGUUCAGCCUUAUUCAUCAGAGAUAUGUACACUGAACUGAAGGAAGAAGUUCAGACCUUACCCAAGAAGAUGGUAGAGUACAUAGAGUCCUUUCUCCCAAGUAGCUACGUGGCAGUGUGCAGCCACUCUCCGUCCACUGAGCAGCUAAAGGAUCUCCAGAGGACUGUCUGUUACCUGGACGAAGACAACAGCGAGUGGAAGGUCCUGACUCAUCUACCUGUGAGCACGAGCACCACAAUGGCCGGUGUGGCAGUCCUGGACAACAAACUCUAUAUCAUCGGAGGAGUGCAUGAUAUAACCAAGACGGUAUUGGAGAAUGGUUUCUGUUACAAUCCUGCAGCAAACACAUGGUCCACCAUCUGUGGUUGCCAGCAACCACGCUACAACUUCACUCUGAUAGGUCAUGAGGGCUGUCUCUACGCUAUAGGUGGUGAGUUCAAAAUGAAGGCCAUGUCGUCUGUGGAGAGGUACAGGGUGUCGAAUGGAAGCUGGCGGUUUGUCGCCCCCCUCCCCUGCCCUGCAGCCUUGGUGGCGUCUGCUAUAGCCGUGAACAGAAUAUUUAUCUGCCUCUGGAAAGGAAAGGGGGCCACAGAUAUACUUGAGUACGCCUCUGAACGGGAUCAGUGGCUGCUGAUCACCACGCUCAUCCGUGAGCACAGUUAUGGUCUCUAUAUGGUGCCACAUAAAGAUAAUCUGUAUGUGAUGCGCAAUGGACCGUGUGAUGACUUCUUACUGUGUGUGAUGGACUGCUACAACCUGAGCUCCGGCCAGUGGACGGCCAUGUCUGGCCAGUAUGGGAAUAGCAAAGGCUCUCUGUUGACUGCUGUAGCCAGAGGAGAUUCUGUGUUCACACUCAGCCGGGAGGUGACCACAGAGUAUACUGUAGAGGAUUACAAAUGGAGAGUGAAGCGGGAGAUGAAGGGUUUUGGCAGGAUUGGAUCUAUAUAUACAUUUCUGAUGAGACUCAAUAAAGUCUGCAUCUCCCCCAUGGGGAACUCUGAUCAGGACCAAAAUAGCCUCUGAGAGCCUGUAGGACUACUUUGAACUUGGUUCAAAAGAAACACAUCCCACAUGUUUGAAACUAACCACCUGGUGUAUAUGGAAGAGGGGAAAAAAGGGAUAAGUAACUUUUCCUUUGUAAAUCUUUAUACAUCCUGCUAAACUAUACAUCUGCUUGACAUCUUGGUGGGAAUAUU